UAUUCUAGAGGGGUGUUGCUGCCGGCGGAAGUGGUGGAUAUAUAUAUUGUACUAUAGCUACCUUAUGGCAAUAGUCAAAGUUUUAAUUGUCUCGGCAAAUAUUGAGGUUAUGGCGACGUUUUUUGGUGAAGUUUUGACGGUGUAUUCUCGGGCUGUGGAGGAAGACGAUGAGAGCCUCGAUGAAAACGAAGAAGAUGAACAGAUUCGCAGAGAACUAGAGGAAAAGAGGGAGGUUCGUCUGCACUGGAGCCCUGAAGUCUCUGAGUCACUGAGGUCUGGAAACAAGUUGCAAUGUUCAGACUUCGUCCUUGCUGUGGGACACAAUGCUGCCAGGUUUCUGUCAGUGUACGUUCUCACCUCUGCAAACUGGGACACAGUAGGGCAUGCAUCAGUUUGGAAUGAGAGGAGCCGGCCUGUAACUGGGCAAGCAAGUGAGGAGUCGGCAUGUGUUUUCUACAGGCACAAGGAGAACCCAUCAGUUUUGAUAUGCCAAGUGACUUGCUACAUUGCAGAAGACCAGCUUUUUCAGUGGACAGAAAAGGUUUUUGACUGUCUGCAGCAGAGAGAACUGAAUGUGACUGUGCUGUCAGAAAGCUCUGUGUCUGAUUACAAGACGGUAGACUACCUGUGCAGUAGCUCUUCUCCCUUCAUGCGCUCUCUCCACACUGGUACUUUCAGGGGUCAGCCUGCCUGCCAGUCGCUGGAGCAGCCAAACAUUAUUACUGGACUCCCAGCUGCAGUACUGAACCACUGCCAGGUCCACUGCAUCGCUGCUGUUGUUUACCAGUGUUACAGUGAUAUCACUGGUCCUGACUCUGUCACCAUGGAGACCUACAAGCCUGCACUAACCAAGCUUAGCAAGCCCAUACAGUGUGACUUGUCUCCAAGCACAGAUGUCCUCCGCAAGUCUGUCAAAACCACUGACAUUCAGAGUAAUCUUUACAUUUGAAAAUGGGCUUGUCACCCUGUGUAGUGCAAUUUAAUCCUAUUUUCAUUUUCAUUCAUUCUGUGUAAUUUUUAAAUAAAGAAAUUAAGCACCCAAAGCCUUUGUUUAACUGUAAGUGU